AGGUCGAAUGAGAUCGCUGCCGCCGAGGCGCUGAUGGAGGAGCAGAAUGCUGCGAUCCUGGAGUACAAGGCUCACAUCAAGGAGCUCACGGACCGCAUCCAGGAGCUGGAUGAGGACGUUGGCCGUUGGAAGAAGGACUCCAAGUCCAUCACCGACGUGCGUGAGAUGGAGCGGUCGGACUACGACACGACGCUGCAGGACUACUCGGAGUCCCUGGACGCGCUGAGCGGUGCCAUCGCGGUGCUCAAGAAGCGCUCCGCCAACGUGGCGCAGCCGGAGAGCGAGACGUGGCAGGGCGCCGCGCUGGUCCAGAUGAAGCGCGUCGCCGCGCUGUGCCCCGCCCCAGG